AGUGAAGACUUCUUUCAAGAACAACAUGUUCUAGUUCUACCGAUACUAAUUUUGAGGCAGAGAGAGCUGUGGAGCUUAUUAGAAAGGAGUGGCUCCCCCAAGGGCACAGUGGUAUGUCUGCGUACUUAUAAGGCUGGAAAACGAGUUUCGAUACCCGUGGUGGGCAGAGCACAGAUAGCCCUUCAUGUGGCUUUGUGCUUAACUUCAAACUAACAAACAAGAAAGGAAUGUCAUUACGUCUGCGUAGAGAUGAGACAACAAUGAACAUUAUGGGAAUUGAGUUUGCCCCACUUCGUAUUCCAUUAGCUCGUCGGCUACAGACCUUAGCAGUAUUGUACUACAGUUCAAGUUUUAUCUUUUUUGGAGCAGGUGGAAUACUACUAUGUAUUUUUAUGCUAUUCACAAGACUGUAUUAUUUACCAAUCCUGUAUGCAGCAUGGUUUGCUUAUGAUCACAGUGUUUGUAAUAAAGGUGGCAGACCUUGGAAAUGGGUAAGAAACUGGAGAAUAUGGAAAUAUUUCCGUGAUUAUUUUCCCAUCAGACUUGUUAAGACAGCAGAACUUGACCCCAACAAAAACUAUAUUUUGGGUUACCACCCACAUGGAAUUAUGUGUGCAGGAGCAUUCUGUAAUUUUGCCACUGAAGGUACCAAUUUUAGUGAAAUAUUCCCUCAAAUUAAACCCCACCUGCUGACUUUGGAAUGCCAGUUUUUGUUUCCAUUCCACCGUGAACUUUUUCUUUGCUCAGGGGCUUGCUCCGUUUCUAAAGAUAGCAUGGAGUGGCUGUUGACAAAGGAAGGAAAAGGCAAUGCUCUGGUCCUUGUAAUUGGUGGUGCAGUUGAAGCAUUAGAUGCUCACCCAGGAACUGUUAAUCUUGUUCUGAAACGAAGAAAAGGAUUCAUUCGUUUGGCCCUCAGGCAUGGAGUUCCUCUAGUUCCAGUCUUUUGUUUUGGAGAAAAUGAUCUAUUUGAUCAGGUUCACAAUCCUGAUGGGUCCUGGCUUCGAAAAGUGCAGGAUAAGCUAACCCAUCGCCUAGGCUUUUCUCCACCUCUUUUCUAUGGAAGAGGAGUGUUUCAGUACAAUGUAGGCUAUUUACCAUACAGGAAGCCUGUGACAACUGUUGUUGGAAGACCUAUUGACGUUGAGAAGAAUGAGAAUCCAACUGACGAGGAAGUAAACAGCCUUCAUAGUAGGUACAUGGAAGAACUUCAGAAUUUGUUUAAUGAACACAAGGAUAAAUAUGGAAAGCCAGGCUUAAAUCUUCAAAUUUCAUAAUAAUCUAAACCAAUGGAUUUUACUAUGCCCAUAAAAUUAUCCUGUUGAUCUCUGCAGAGCUAACACUUUCCCUCAGUAUUUAUAUCACACAUGCUUGUUUAAUGUGUGAAAUGUCAAAAAUGUUAAGUGGAGAUAAAAGUAUUAGAUUUUCAAGUCAGUUCUGUGAAGAUUAACUGCAUCAAUGUGUUUUUUUUUUCUAGUAAAACUUUAAUAUUUUGCAAAUAGUAAAUUGAGAAAAUUAUUCAGAAUUACUUGAUGGCUCGAAGAUAAAUUUGAAAAAAAAAUACAAAAAGUAUUAACAUUCAUAAUUGUUUGUUGUCUAAUUGGAGAAUAAACUUUAUGUACUUAAACAUCUUAGUUACAGUUGCAUUAACCUUAAGUAUAUAUUUUCCAACAUGAUUUCAUUUUAUACAUAAGCAAGUUGUGGUUGAUAUUCUACAAGCUGUGGUUGAUAUUCUACAAGUAGUGGUUGAUAUUCUACAAGUAGUGGUUGAUAUUCUAUAAGUUGUUUUGUUUAAUUGGAGUGAAUCACUUGGAAACAUUUUCUGGAAUUUAGCUUUUUGAAUUGAUGUAUCUAUUUCAGGUUAAGUUUUUAUUUUUAUAAUUGUUAAAUGUGUCAUGUUAUUACUAAGAAGAAAUACUGAAAUAUCAAACCUGGUACAGGUUGAGAAUCAACAUUUGUUUUUAUAUGGCAUUAAUACAUGUUUACAAGUGCAAAUGGAAAUUGGUAAUUUUUGUCUAAUAUUAAUAACAGAUCUUAUUUUAACCUAUUUGUGAGAACGUUUAAAGGAGUAAUAUUAAUAACAUAUAUUCUGAUCCACUGAUAAGAAAUGUUUGUAAUAUUCACCACUGUCUGAUGACUGCAUUCUUGAAAGAAAUGUGAAAAAUGUAAGUCCAUUUUCUACUUGUGUUUUCGUGGUUUAAGUUCAGAAUGUUGAAGAAACAUUUUCAAUAAUGUCACAACAUUUGUGUAAAAGUUUGCAUAAGUUACAAUAGAAAGUACAUAGUGUUUAUAUGAUAAUAGGACUCCCACAUGAUUUUGAAUGCCAUUAUAUGAUAAUAGGACUCCCACAUGAUUUUGAAUGCCAUUAUAUGAUAAUAGGACUCCCACAUGAUUUUGAAUGCCAUUAUAUGAUAAUAGGACUCCCACAUGAUUUUGAAUGCCAUUAUAUGAUAAUAGGACUCCCACAUGAUUUUGAAUGCCAUUAUAUGAUAAUAGAAUUCCCACAUGAUUUUGAAUGCCAUUAUAUGAUAAUAGAAUUCCCACAUGAUUUUGAAUGCCAUUCUGCAUUUUUUAGCUGAAAUACUUCAGUUAAUAGCUUGUUAAUGAAAUGACAACUUAAGAAACCCCCUUUGUAUUUUGUUGAAAUUACUAACCUCAGGAAAUAUAUUUUUGUUAUCUUUAUAUAAGUACUUUGUGUAAGAUUUAGUAAUAACUUAAUUUACUUCCUACUUGAUACUUUUAAGUUACAUUUUUUUAGAUUUAUUAUACAUAAUUACAUAUAAAUCUUAGUAUUGGAGGAAAUGUGACAUAAAAAGGUUAGACUAGUUCUGUUGCUACACUUAUGUAAUACAGUAUUAAGAUUAAGUUUUUAUAGCAAGUAUAUUGGUGCUGUAAUAAAAAUAAAAUUACUAACUUUCUGUAAACAAUAAUUCUUACAGUAUGACCAGCUGAGAACUGCAGUUUUGAUCUAUAUAAGAUACCAUUAGCUAGAUCAGUAGUGAUUAAGUUCAGUAAUCAUUGGAUGAGACUCUGGAUGUUGGUUUUGUUCAUAUACUUUUUCCCCUGCAAUAUUGUUUUAGGGUAACCAACUUUUUAGCUUCAAGCAUUCAACUUCUCGUUGAUUUCUAAUGAAAAAAACAAACAAACCUCAUUUAGGUAAGAACAUAUGAAGGGUUUCUGAAGUAAUUGUUUAAUACCCCACUUGCUCUUUGUGGCAAUAAGAGACCUUUUCUGUUUCAAAAUAGUACUGGCCUAGUAUUGCAUUCAUGGUUAUGAAUAUUUCUUCACAAUUAACUUGAAGUUUCCACAUAAUCAUUGGUUGAAAGAUCAUGGUUGUGAGAUAAAGAUGAAGGCAGUGAGUAAAGGAACAAGAACCAGAUGUCUGUCACAAAAUACAAGUCUUUAUUACUUAAAGUUAACAUUAAGCUGAGGUCUGGUAGAAAAUUCUACAUUUACUGAAAAUAAUUACAGUUUUAAACUGAAAUUAGGACAAGUAAACUUAAAGCUUGGGGAAAGACAAUAUAAAAUAUGCACACUGGUAAUUGGUACAGAGGCAGGGAGAAGCACAAUAGAGAAAAGUGAAGUCAAAACUUAUUGAGUUAAAAUGCUGGUAAUGGACCAAAGAGAAUAGCUAUACAGGGCUGUAAUAGUAAGAUCACAGUUUUCCAAGAAAAGCAGAAAAAUGGCUACCUCACUGAGAGAAAGAAAAGCUCUCCACUGUCAUGGAAAUGAGGAUGAAACAAAGAACAGGAGAAAACAGCUCUAGAUAUAAGAUAUCUUUUCUAGUUAUAAAACAUCAUUUACUUUCUUAUUACAAAUACAGGAACUAUUAAGAUAUAACAACCAUAACUCCCCCACUCCUUUACUUUAGGUUGCUUCUGUGGCUAAUGUCAUUUAAAAAAUUUUAAUCCAAUCAUCAGUAGACUGCAUAUCUCUUAUUUCCAUUGAUACAUUUGUCCUAGAAGGAGGGGGGGUGGUGUAUACAGGCAUGCAUGACUUAUGAGACAGGAACGUAACACCAACAUUUGAAUAAAACAACCUAUCAGAAGACAUAGCAUGUCAAAAGCUCUUAAAAUGAAAUAAUGAAAGAUAUAACCAAAUAUUCUUAGAGAUCCAGACGAGAGUAUCACACAACAAUUUACAACAUGGUGCAGUCUGAUACCUGGAAACCUUUUUUUUUUAUCUGACGUAUCAUAUACUACAUGUAAUUCAAAGUAUAAAGAAAAAAAAUGCAAGUAAUACAUUUUAAUGCCAUACUAUUUAAGUCAACAAAAAUUCAAAGUCGUAAUAGGUGGUAACACAACAACAUACAAUCAGAUACAUCAUAUUACAGAGUUUUAUCACAAGGUCUAACAUUAUGCAUUUCAAUAGAGUUUAAACUGAAAUAUCAAAGUACAGAAAAGGGUGUGUAUAACACAAAAGCUAAACACAUACUGUCCUAAAAAAUACAGUGAAAUAACAUCUACAUCUGUCCUGUAUGAAACUUUCUAUUCACAGAGCAUCAGUAAUAAAAUAAACUUAAAAUAACAUCACAACCAAAGUUUAACAAGUUUGUCAUUUAAGUGAAAGCCAAAUCAUACAACUACAUUUGCUUGAAUGUGUAUGAAAACAGCUCUUUAUAUCCAGUUUGGAUAAUCUUAACAAAAAUGAAGAAGUAUUUGGAAACACAAGUUAAACAUCUUCCCCAUUAAAUCAAAGAGAAAUGAACAAUUUUAAAUCAUCAGAAGUUAGACUUAUUAAAAAAGAAACAUCAAGACAGGGAGUAGAAUAUCAGAAUGUCUUUCUUGUGGGAAAUUGAAAACAACAAUAGACCUAAUGUUAGAACACUAUGAAUACCCCACAGAAAUAUUAUAUGGAGACAAAAACAGUAAAAUUAUAACACUACAAGCAGAGGAGAUAAGGAGCAAUAUGUCUGAAAAAUAUGACUCUACCUCUAUAAACGAAAAUGGGAAGUAAUGAAUGGAAAAGGAUGUUUCCAGUGACAUCAUUUCUAAUGAUCAUUAACUUUCCUACGACAAGUACAGGAACUAUGGAUCUAAAAAUUUAGGGUAGUUUGUAUGGAUAAUUCUUCCAUACAAUUGGUGAUCUUAAAGUGGUUAUACUUAAUUGUUUAAGGCUGAUUAAGGUCUAGUAUUAGCAUAUUGGGCUGUAUAUUAAGGGGUCCAGAGUUUGAGAUGUAAUAGCAAUUAACAUUUUUGCACUUUCAACUGUGGGUGCAUUAUGUGUGUGGCAAUCAAUUCUGUUGUUCAGUUCUAAGAUCCAGACAAAGCCACUGUGGCAGUGAGUGCUGCUGGCUUAUUGCUUUCCCAGUGGUCAAUAGUUCAAAAUUAGGGAUGACUACAUCUGAAACUUGGGAGGUGAGUGAACUGACCUGUCUGAUUGUUCCACACAUGCAUAAAGUGCUAUUCAAGUAAAAAAUUUCAUUUAAUCGUAUUUGUAAUUGGUAUGAUGAAGCACAUAAAAUAGUUCACGUUUAAUAGGAACUGUAACAAACGAUGAUCAGUGUUGUCUGCUUGCCAAUGUUCUCAGCAGUCAUUGUGUUGCUUGUGAUGUAGCUAGUGUUAAAAAACUAUAUAAAAUUCCUUUACAAA